ACUUCGCGCUCUCGCGAGAUAACGUAAAACAGCAUGGCAGAAGCAGGUAGUAGCUCAGAGGAACUCUGUGAUGAAACCAACUGGGUGUUUUAUAAAUAUAGAGUUGAAUGGAAAGACGUUACACCUGUUCCGCAGGAUGAUGGACCUUAUCCUAUUGUAGCGAUUGCUUACUCAGAAAAGUUUCAGGAUAUUUAUGACUAUUUCCGAGCAGUUCUCAAGUCAUGUGAGAAAUCAGAACGUGCCCUCCAGCUAACAAAGGAUGCCCUUGAUUUGAAUCCAGCAAACUACACUGUUUGGCAAUAUCGGAGGGAGAUUUUGAAGCACCUCAACAAGGACUUGAUUCCAGAACUGCAUUAUGUAAAGGAAGUGAUAGAAGAUAAUCCCAAGAAUUACCAAGUAUGGCACCAUCGGCGAGUAAUUGUUGAAUGGUUACAAGAUCCAUCAUAUGAACUGAGUUUCACCAAAACAGUCCUUUCACAAGAUUCCAAAAAUUAUCAUGCUUGGCAGCAUAGACAGUGGGUCAUUCGUACUUUCAAAUUAUUUGAGAAUGAAUUGCAAUAUGUGGAUCAUUUGCUGGAGGAUGACAUUCGCAACAACUCUGCAUGGAACCAGCGUUACUUUGUCAUCAACAACACAACAGGUUUCAAACCAGAUGUGGUAGAGCAAGAGCUGGCUUUCACUCUAGAAAAAAUCAAGAAAGUCACCAAUAAUGAAAGUGCAUGGAAUUACCUUAGAGGAGUACUUUUACAUCAUAGCGGUGGUCUCAGCCAGGUUCAGAAUGUGAGGAAAGUUUGUGAAGAAUUAUACUCCUCUGGAAACCGUUCACCACUCCUUCUAGCAUUCCUAGUAGACAUUUGCGAGGAGAACAUAGAGAGAGCUGAUGGAGACAAAGCUGACAGUCUUCAUCAGGCUGUACAGUUGUGUGAUAUGCUGGCAAAUGAAUAUGACACAAUACGGAGGGAGUACUGGAAUUAUAUAGCACGUAGCCUGACUCAGCGAGUGAAUGGUUCUGAAGAGGAAGCAUCUGGAUCAACAAAGACCGAUUUAAAUUGUUAAUGUUACUUAAAGUUUAUGAUUGUGCAUGAACAAGGAUUGUAAUAGUUUUUAUUUGCUGUGUUACUGGUUGAAUCAUUAAUGUCACACAUGACUGAUAUCAUCCACUUAUGUAGAUAUUAAAGAUUCAGUCCUUGAAUAAAUAUAUGUUACCUAAUGGUAGGUUCAGAAAGAA